AACGAAAAGGAUCUACUCAUCAUCUUUAUUUAUUUCUCAUUAGUGCCGCCAGGAUCUCUGGUGGGCGGACGCCCUUCAGUGCGUGGAAAACCGGAGCUACCACGAGGGUCUACUGCUGGAUUACCAGGUGCCAGUCCUUUAACCACCGCACCAUUGGCUGCUCCUCUUCAUCCAGCGACCAGACAGCGGGAGCAAGCAGCGCUUGCGCCUCCACCACAUGCAUCGUACUUGCGCAGGACGUCAACGGGCAGCGCCAGCUCCGGGGAAGCACCAGCACCUUCUCCAAGUCCAUCUGGUACCAGCCAUUCGGAUAAAGAUCAAGAUCCACAGGUAUCUUCUUUUCUUAACAUUGUUGCUAACCCUUAA